CAUUCGGAUCCAGAUAUUCAUGAAGAUAUUGCGACAACCACCAUGACUGUGGUGGCAAACAGUACCGAUGACGAGUCGGAUGAUGCGGACGACAACAUACCCUUAUCCAAGUUCGUUCCCAUAAAAACGGUCCAACAAGACCCGCCAUCCCCUGAACCUGUCCCAUCACCUGAACCCGAACCGACUGUCGUUUUAUGUCCGUGCACAAAGCCCGCCGUGCUAGAUGAUCCUCGCUGGGAUGGGCAAUACUGUUCUCCAGAAUGUCUCAUAUCGGUUUGCCAUCGAGCUUUCGAAUUCUGGCUUCGCAUGCACAGAGACGGUGCGGGGAUUUCUGGUUGUUGA